AUGAUUCCAGUGUUCUUAACGUAUUUUGGUAUAUUAGAAAGCUUUAUAAUUAAUAAAAGGGUAGUGACAAGCAAUAAUUUUUUUUUAUUUUCUUUUGCAAAAACAAAGAAAAACACAACUGAGCAAAUUACCACAGGGAAGAACAAAAACAUCAAAGGAAAAAAAGCAAGAAAACAGAGUAAAAUUUUGCAAAAUCUGCUCAAGGAAAAUGUGGAAAAAGUAGAGAAAAAAAAUUUUCCCCAUUCCGGAAAUUUAGAUGUUGAUAAAGAAAUACUAGAAGGUAAAAGAAUACCAAGACUACGAAUUAAAAAUACGAACAAUCAUAUUUACGCUACAGUGAUAGAUGAUUAUAACAGGCACAUAUUAUGUUUCUCUUGUUCUCAAGAUCCAAAUUUAUCAAGUCUGAUAGGGACAUACAGAAAAAAGGCAACUAACAGAGUUGUAAAUAAUGGCCGAACUAUUAAAUCUGCUUGGGAAAUUGGUAAGGACAUUGCAAGGAAAGCUUUAAACAAAGGCAUUUCAAAAGUAAAAUUUGAUAGAGCUAAAUAUAGGUAUGCAGGAAAGGUGGAAGCGUUGGCGGAGGGCGCUAGGGCGGUUGGUCUGUUGCUUUAA